AUGGAACUCGAAGGAUCUAAGGAAAGAUUACAUCUUUUCAAGGCCAACUUAAACGAAGACGGGUCUUUUGAUUCUGCAGUUGAUGGUUGUGAAGGCGUCUUUCAUGCAGCAUCACCUGUGUUCUUUUCAGUAACUGACCCUCAGGCACAACUUUUAGAACCUGCGGUCAAGGGAACACUUAAUGUACUUAGAUCAUGCAGAAAUGUACCAUCCAUCAAACGGGUGGUGUUAACAUCCUCUAUUGCUGCAGUUACAUCUUUCAAGAAUCCUCCAAGCCUGGAUGCUAUAAUUGAUGAAACAUGUUUUUCAGAUCCUGUAUUCUGCAAGGAAAAAGAGCUAUGGUAUGCCCUUUCAAAAACAUUGGCAGAGGAAGCCGCGUGGAAAUUUGCAAACGAAAAUGGCAUUGACUUGGUGGUGAUGAAUCCUGGCUUGGUAAUUGGCCCACUUCUUCAGCCAACUCUCAAUUUAACUUCUGAGACAAUUUUGAACCUUGUUAAAGAAGGAAGGACGGAAUUUCCAACUUUUAGGUUUGUUGACGUUAGGGAUGUUGCUCUUGCACAUAUUCUAGCUAUGGAGAAUCCUUCGGCUAGUGGCAGAUACUGUCUGGUUGGAAUAGUGAUAUCAGCUUUAGAAGUUUUCAAUAUUUUACAGAAGCUUUAUCCCCAUCUCAACCAUCUCGAGAUGUAA